AAGAAAUUUAUAAAUUAUUUAUUAAUAAUUGUAAGAAUAUCAUAAGUUUUCAUUGGCAAACAGUUUUACCUUUAUUUCAAUUUCCAGGAUCAUUUACUUAUUUUUCAAAAUUAUAUUCCUUAAUUAUAGAUUUUCAAUGUAUUAAUUCACUAACUUUAAAUAAUAUGGCACAAACUUGUCAAAAUAUUGGAGAUUUAAAAUUAUUGUAUUGUAACGGAAAUAAUCCAGGCUUAAUAAUGCUUGUUGACGCUCAAAAAAAUUUAAAAUCUUUAUUAAUAUAUUUUAAAGGCGGUCAAAAACAAUGUACACAAUUAAGUGAAGUAAUAGAAAGAAAAGCUGGAAAAUUAACUAAACUUAUCAUAAAACCAAGUAUUGCUCCAAUAUCACCUAAAUUUCUUUUAUCAUUGAAGUAUUUAAAACAUUUGGAACUUAAUAAUGAUCAUGGUUAUGAAUAUUAUAAUGAAGGUAAAGAAAUGCAAGAAUGGAGAAAAUAUUUAUCAAUUGUUUCUUUUCCGGAACUUCAAUAUCUUAAAAUUUCAUAUUUACCAAAUUAUGAUGAUUAUAAAUUGAUCGAAAAAUCUCAUCAAGGCUUAUUAGAAAUUAAUAUAUGUCGUAGAUAUGAAUACCAAGAUUCCGUAUAUACUAGUAAAUUAAUUAAGGCGAUCGCCAAAUAUUGUCCAAAGAUUAAGAAAUUAGCAAUUGACGUUGAACUUGAAAAUUUAGAUGAAAUAAGAGAAAUGUUAUUAAAUUGUCCACAAUUAAAAACUAUAGAUCUUUCAGCAAUUAAUGAGAAACAAAUUAUUUGUGAUAAAUUAUUAGAAAUUAUUAUUGAUUUUUCACCAAAAAGUUUGUAUAAAUUUUCAUUUAAUGGUUAUUGGAUAUUUUCGGUUGAAAGCUUACAAACCUUUUUUGAAAAUUGGAGGAAUAAAUUUCCAAUUAAAUUUUACAUUUCUUUUAGCGAUGAAAGUUGGGUUACUGAAGAAUAUGGAAUUAUUUUGAAAAAAUAUUUAGAUGAAGGAAUAAUUAAAAGAACAAAUUUUUUUUGUUAACAUUUACUUAUAUCACAUUUCUUUUUGUACAUUUCAUGUAUUGUAUGUUAAUAUAAAUAAUAAAAAUCAAAUCGAUUAGACAAUAUAUUUAUAUAAGUAUAAAAUUUCAAAAUAUAUAAAUUAACGUGUAAACGACUCCAGAUGGAGUUACUCAAUAUUUUAGGUGAUAGAUCGAAAAUCAUAUUUCAUUAUAUAAUUCCGGCCCUAAAGAGACUCGUAGCUAAUAGUAAAUGAGUGAGCCCUGUUAUGUCUCCAGUGGUCAAAAUUGGAUGUGCGGAAUGUGCGAUCCACACAUCACUUUAAAUUUGCGCACAAAUUAUAA